UGAAUGCUGCUGUGGGGAAGCAACAGCAUUCUCUGCUGCUCCUGGGGCCCCUCCAGCAGUCGGAUGUUUCAUGGCUUCUCCAAGGUUAGAAACCUACUGCUGCCCAAACCGGGAUGCAGCUACACAGCUGGUGAUGAACUUCCAGCCCGAAGUCUUCUGCGGAGUCUGCAUUGGCAGUGCCUCCAUCAGCCUGCUACUGACCAUCCUGCAGCUCCUGCCAAAGAAGGGACAGAGCCCACGGAAGAUGCCCAAAGCCUCCUCCUCCUCCACUAUCCUUCUCCUUAUCUCCAUUUGUGACAUCCUUGGAGGCUUAGGUAUGAUCUUCAGGUCAAGUGUAUGGCUGGGCUUCCCAGGCUUCAUAGCUAACAUUUCUGUGGUGAACGGGACAGACGUGUGGCCUUCCACGUUCUGCGUGGGGAGCGCGAUGUGGAUCCAGCUGUUAUAUAGCGCUGGCUUCUGGUGGUUGUUUUGCUAUGCUGUUGAUUCUUACUUGGUGGUGAGAAGAUCAGCUGGACUAAGUACCAUUGUGCUGUACCACAUGAUGACCUGGGGCCUUGCAGUGAUGCUCUGUGUGGAGGGGAUUGCUCUGCUCUACUACCCUUCUCUCUCCAGCUGUGAAAAUGGCUUGGAACAUGCAAUCCCACAUUACAUCACAACCUAUGCCCCACUCCUGCUAGUGCUUGUGGCCAACCCAAUCCUGUUUAGGAGGACAGUAUCAGCAGUUGCCUCGUUACUGAAAGGGAGACAAGGGAUUUACACAGAGAAUGAAAGACGUCUGGGGACAGAGAUCCAGAUGCGCUUCCUCAAAAUUAUGCUGGUGUUUGUUAUUUGCUGGUCAUCCAAUAUCAUCAACGAGACCCUUUUGUUCUAUCUCGAAAUGCAGCCAGAUAUCAAUGAAAUGCCCCUGAAAAACAUCAGGAGUGCUGCACUGAUCACCUGGAUUAUAAUGGGGGUCCUUAAUCCCAUGCAGGGCUUUCUCUUCACGUUAGCUUUCUAUGGCUGGACAGGAUGGAGAGUGGACCUGAAAUGGCGAAAAAGAGAAAUCCCCUGGGAAUCCAUGUCCUCAUCCACAGCAGGGGAAAACGCCUUCCCCUCGCCAGUGAACUACCAGAGCAACAUCCACGACUCCAAGAAGAUCUCCACGACUGACAGCCAGCAGACCGACGAGGCCAUAAGCAUGUUGUCUGAAGGGAACACGAGCAGUGAUGAGAGGUUAACCAGAAGCUCUCCCAUCUACCAGGGCUGGUAGUUGUUUUAGCUGGAUCUAACUUUUCCUGGAUCUAACUUUCCGCCUUGUCGAUAUUCACAAAGCCACGUCCGUGUGUGAAUCAUUGCGUACUCUGGAAUUAGGUUUGUGCUCAAUGGCUUGGUGUCAUUUCCUGUAACUUGUGACACUG